AUGUUGGGGAAAAUAUGUGUUAGUUUCUUGGCUUUUCUUGUUCUCUUGUUACAGCAUGGAUUGAUCUGCGAGUCUCAAGCGGACAUCAGCAAUUUUGUGAAAACAAAUGGAGUCCAUUUUAUGAAGAACGGUAAGACUAUGUAUUUGAAUGGCUUCAACGCGUACUGGUUGAUGAUGAUGGCAAGCGACCCGUCGGCCAGGACCAAGGUCUCCACCACCUUUCAACAAGCAUCAAAGUAUGGCAUGAAUGUUGCCAGAACUUGGGCUUUCAACGAUGGUGGUUACAAUUCUCUUCAGUCUUCUCCCGGAGUGUACAACGAAAACAUGUUCAAGGGAUUGGACUUCAUGAUUGCAGAAGCUAAGAAAUAUGGGAUAUAUGUGAGACUGUGUUUGGUGAAUAACUGGAGAGAUCGUGGUGGCAAAGCACAAUAUGUUCAGUGGGCAAAGGAGCGUGGACAGAAAGUGAGAGACGAAGAUGAUUUUUACACAAACGCAGUUGUCAAACAAUACUACAAAAACCAUGUCAAGACUGUGCUCACAAGAAUAAACACAAUAACUAGGGUUGCAUAUAAAGAUGAUCCAACCAUCUUUGCUUGGGAGCUCAUCAAUGAACCUCGCAGCACCACUGACUUCUCCGGAAAGCAAAUUCUGAGCUGGGUGGAAGAAAUGGCUGCAUACUUAAAGUCCAUUGAUCAAAACCAUCUCCUGGAUAUAGGGUUAGAAGGAUUUUAUGGAAAUUCAGUACCUUCAAGGUGA